UUUUUUGGUAUGUUAUUUGUUGAUGGUUUAUAUCAACUUUCAAUCGGCGUACGCACGUACCCGAGAAAGCCACACUUCCUCCUCAUCCUUUUUCUAGUUUCGAAGUCGGUCAAGUCAGAUUUUUUUUGCUGUUUUAAUUCUCGUCCUCGCAGUUUUUCAACUCUCUCACGACCAGCACCUUUCCUUUCUACAACUCGCCUUCCCCUUUCCUUCAAUUUGUUACGUUUCCUUUUCUCUCUUCUUUGCGGUUGCGAGUGUCUACAGGUCUUGAUCCCUUUUUUCUUUUAUAUUUUGUUUUGUUUCUUGGCUUUUGAAGCGCUCUCCCCUGUGGUUCCCACACUCUGCCGCCUUCAGUCGGUGCCUUGCCGUGAACCGUUUUUGCCGAUCUGGAACUCUGUGUCUUUCGCGAGCACACGUGGGACCUCUGGAAAGUCAUCUCCAGCGUUCACACUGUUCGUUCUAGACCGACGUGUUUUUGAACGGUUCGGACAAUCCGUCACUUUCGCUGGUUCUACCAUGUCGUCAGCUAACAGCGAACGGUGA